AAGACGGGCAGUUGCUCCCAUCCCCAGUUCUCUCUCUUACUCUUCUUCCCUUUUGCCUCUGCUAUAUCUUUUCUUCCCUCUCCUUGAUCAACAUCCACAAUGAAAGCUUAUCCUUUCGUUUGUUUCCUUUGCUUUUAGUGCUGCAAAUACUCAGAUCUACUUUCGCUUCCCUGCUACGCUUAUCCUUUUGCUCUCUUCCUUUGCUUUUAGCUCCGCAAAUCCUCAGAUCUACUCUCUCAGCCAUCUUAUUUCCGUAUACCGGUUGCUUUUAGAUUUAUCGUUGGCCGUAGUGAAACAGAAGCUGACCUCAGUUCAAUGGAGGUUACGGUUAGUCACGUCGCACUAACAUGCGCCGGAGAAACUCUAGCUAACAUGCUCUUUUCGGCUCUUGCCAAAACCCAGCUUUUAGCUCUGAGCUCCUUCACUUUGAUGUUGGCUAAUAAACCCGGAAUUGAGAGCGACCAGUCGCAAAACCCGCCUAAGCCGAAGGACGCUGAUGGGGAAGAUGAUGAUAAUAACAAUGACAACGAAAAUGGGGGCGACGAGUUCGGAGAUGGUGAAGAGGAGCUGUCCUCGGAAGACGGGGAAUACGGAAACAACGGUAACAGCAACAAGAACAACCCAAAGAAGGGACCGGGAGGUGGCGCAGGCGGGGCGGAACAGAAUGGAGAAGAUGGAGACAACGACGACAAAGAAGAUGGUGAAGACCCAGAGGAUGAAGACGAUGACGACGAUGACGACGACGACGAUGAUGGAGGUGAAGAGGAUGAAGAGGAUGUCGGAGUGGAAGAUGAAGACAAGGAAGAGGGGGAGGAAGAUGAAGACGAGGAAGCUCUUCAGCCACCUAAGAAGAGGAAGAAGUAAAUUGUUGUAGAUCAGUUGAAGCCUCCAUUUUAGGUAAACUUGAUCAUCUAACAUUAUGGUCUUUUUAUUUGGCAUGAAGGAGGUCGUUUAGGGUUAAUGUUUUUAAGUAUAUGUAUCACUUUCAUUUCCUUUGCAUAAUUAGAGCACCGUCGGAAUUAUUUGAGGAGCUGCAGAAGAUUCAGUUGAAAACAAUUUGUAUGAUUUCAGCCGUUACUUUUCAUAAAAGGUAAUAUAGAUAUGAUAGUUUCG